GUCCCCGAGCCGCGGUCCCGCCGUACGCGCCACUGACAUGUAAACCGCGUUGUUUAAACAAUCCCGCACGGUACAACGAGAACGUCGGUCGUUGCUGUUCGGUGCGCUGUGUUGGUUUUUCUUUUUUGGUUUUUGGUUCGGUCAGUUUUUUCGAUUUUUGGGUUUCGGCGACCUCCACCCCCCCACUGUGUCUCCGCCGUUUCGCUUCCGGUUCGGAAUAAGGAUUUUGGUGCUGGAUCAUGGUUCCGGAUUUUGUUUGUGGUGUGGCCCUCAUAGCUUUGUUGGCCACACAGUUUCAAGUUGGGCACUGCGUGAAGCCUAGAGAACCGUAUUAUGGCAGAGAGAUAGGUCAGUUGAAAAGCUUCGCCCACGGUGUAAACGGUACCGCUUACGCGGUGGACGAAAGCACCAUCUUCAUCAAAGGCUUCUCCUACGACGGAACCGGACCCGACGCCUUCUUCUGGAUCGGCAACUCGCCCCGACCGAGUCCGGAAGGCAUCAUCAUCCCUUAUCCGGAGGAAUACAACAGCAACGACAGGGAUCCACCGGUUUUGGGGGCUUACAGAAAUGCGGACGUUAUCCUGCGUCUGCCCAACGGGAAGCGGAUCAGGGACAUCCGGUGGUUGUCGGUUUGGUGUCGACGAUUCACGGUCGAUUUCGGGGAGGUUUUCAUACCGCCGAGCCUGGAGGUGCCGAAGCCCAGGGUGUUGCCCGAAUUCAAACGUCUUGCACACGGCCUCCGAUCGGACAACAUCAGCAUAUUGGACGCGAAGACGUUUUACAUACCGAACCUGCAUUACGACGGUGCCGGACCCGACGCUUACUUCUGGGUUGGGAACGGAUCGGAACCGCACGCUCACGGCAUCAAGGUUCCGAACGAGAUGAACUCUUUGGAACCACUGCACGGGUACCAAGGCGAAGACAUCGAGAUACAGUUGCCCGGUUCGUUGACGGUUUACGACAUCGAUUGGUUGGGGAUUUGGUGUGUGCAAUAUAGGCACAACUUUGGACACGUGAACAUACCGAAGGAUUUGGAUGUACCUCCCGCUUUGGGGCAAACAAAAAUAUCACCUCCGUGGUGGUAUAAUCCUACGAGUACAGCCCGAUCUCCCGCCUCCACAAACUGUCGGGAGUUUUUAGACAAACGUUUACAAGUGCGAUGGGAACUUAAAGGAGACAUGGUGGAGAUAACACUGUCCGCCAAAAUACGCGAGGACCAGUACAUCGCCUUCGGACUGUCCGGCGCCCAAAAUCGUCCACAAAUGGUUGGAGGAGACGUGACGGUGGCAUUUUGGGACAAGGAUGCGCUGGAGUUCAAAGCGGUCGACUACUACAUGUCCCACACGGCCCAAUGCGACGGUAAAGCGGGCGUAUGUCCGGAUGAAAGGAUCGGAGGUCGCGAUGAUGUAACGUUGAUUUCCGGUGACCGGAAGAACGGUGUCACCACCAUCAAAUACAGCAGGCCUUUGCAAACCAACGAAGCUGUAAACGAUCGGCCCAUUCCUAGUCAAGGGGAGGUCAACGUCAUAGCCGCCUUUGGAUUAUUGAACGCAAGAAAGGAGGCGAACGCCCAUAGUAUGACCGACAAGACCACCGACGAUGUCAAGAUUGAUUUUGGGCAGUACGACGACCACCAGUGUACCAUCAGCCUGGACGACUUGGUCGACGAAAACGGUCCUAAACCGUGGCCACCUGCCAGGAUCAUCGGAGAGAACACGUUUACGGCCAGAAUAGGACCAACAGGAGGCAAAAGAGGUUACACUCCAAUAACAGGCCAUCCAUCCUGGGGCAUUUGCUGGUACAUAAACGACAUGCUUAUACCAGAAAUCACGGUGGAAAGGGGACAAACAUACACGUUCAUCGUUGAAGGGGGAGCCGACGAAACAAAUCCAGCCAGAUUUCAUCCGUUUUACAUAACAAACUCCUCCGAAGGAGGCUACGACCAAAAAACGGAGGAGGAGCGUCAGAAGCAAAAGAUCUACGCCGGCGUCGGCAUAGAUUCGAGCGGUUAUCCGUAUCCAACGGCUUACGGAAAGUACUGCGAGUGGACGCACAUCAGCAUCGACAGAUCCUCCGAGUCGGACACUUUUAAGGAUUACAUGAAAACUUUGAGGCUGGAAUGCGACCAAGGCGAACCGGGUUAUUUGAAUUGGACCGUGCCUUUCGAGGCUCCGGACCUUUUGUACUAUCAAUGUUACACGCACAAUAAUUUGGGCUGGAAGAUACACGUCGUGGAUCCGGGGACGAUAAGCGAACAGGUGGAUUCCGGAUCGAAUGGAUUGGAGGCUACGGCACUGUUGCUUGUAACUGCGGUGAUUUGUCUGGCUAAAAUACGAAUACUGGCCAUAUAACCAAACGAAAUCCAUUGCUGAGGAUAAUUAUUGAAUGAAACGUCACCGAAAGUGUGACUGUGGUACAAUAAAUUUAUUAACAAACGUAUGACAAUAUAAAGACUUUACUUAUGAGGUCAAUUUGCUAAACGAUAUCUCGACAAUAAUUUUUAUUGAUAAGUAUUAUGGAGUCAAUCCAGAUAAAACAUGCACAAAAUAAUACAUUAUAAGAUACAUACAUGAACGUUGAGUUGUUUAAGGCUGUUUUUUGCGACAAUAAGAUGUUCUCCUCGUUUUUUUACAUAUUAAUAUUAUACAUAUCUCGAGUAUUAUACAGUUCAUAGACAAUACUAAACAUAAAAUGGAAAUACUUGGUGCAAAACUCGUAGCAUCGAAUUAAAUAUACCUGGAAACUUUAUGUCAUAUCUGGACUGCGUUGAAUUCAUAUCAAUACAAAAUUAUCAACUUACAAGUAACAAAAUUUUCACUUAAUUAUAUAACACAGUUUUUAAGUAAAUUUCGGGUACAUUUAACACAUUGCUCGAAAAUUAUCAACCCAAUUAUCCAAAAACAAAUCGAGGUUUUUUGUGAACAAAAGUUCGAGCCUCCCUUGUGUCGUGAUUUGGGUAUUUUAAAAUAAAGCUCUAAAGGAGCGGCGUAUCAAAAUAAAAAAUCAAAGCAUAUUCAAUCACGAAUAUCAUUGAAAACAUAUCGAAAUAAGGGCUUAGUUGCCUUUAUGUUAUUAUAAUUAUAUGAAAUGUUUACUAUAGGAUUAUUUUGCGUUGGUAGCAUUAAGUGUUUUCAUUUUAUUACCUGAUAUUUAUAUGUGUCUACAUUUUCUAUUUUAUAUAUAUUACGUAUAUUUACCAUAUGUUUAUCGUAGGCUUAGAAUAAAUAAUAUAAAUGUAAGAGUUUUUCGUUGUUACGUUGAAUGUAUUGUUUGUUGUCGUUUCAAGCCUGAGGCCGAACAAUAGACAAUAAUUUGACAUUUUUUGGCAUAUUUCAUUGUAUAUUGUACUGUUAUUAACAUAGUUGUAAUAUUUAUACGUUGUAUUGUUACUUAAGUCCAAUUCAGACAAUAAAAUGACCUAAAAAGUCAAUUAGUUGACAAUAAAAAAGAAUAUGAUAUACAUUAAACUGUAUUUUCUUCGAUAUUAAUAUUUUAAGGAUGGACUUUCUGUCCGUAAAUGGAAAUGUACAUUGUUUUCUACUUAAUAGGCUGCAACUCCGUUCAGUCAAUAGUAGAAAAUGUUAGAUUAAGAUUUUUCUGUCCUAUACAACAAUAUCUUCGAUGUAAAUAUAUUUGCUGAUUGUUUUUUUCCUUUUAUGGUGUGUUCUUGAUACUAUAAUAUUUAUAGAAUAUAAUAUAUAACUAAUAAGUAAAUGUAAGACGUUAAUUUUAUAAAUUUUAAAUGAUCAAUAGAUAUUUUAAAUUUUUAAAUAUAAAAUUUAUGACUUAUAAAAUAUAUAAUUUAAAUAGUUAUAAAAAAAUUAUUGUGAGAGAAAUGGUAACUAAUCAAAUUUUUAUCCAAUAAAAAUUAAUAAUAAUAAAUGAGAUAAAGAUGUACAUAAGUUAUAAAAUUAAGAAAAAAAUAAAGAAGGUGGAAAAUAUGUAAUAAAAUAUAAAACUAAUGUAAGAAUCUAUUGAUCAUUUUUCCUAUUUUAUGCUUAAUUUGUUAAUUUUGUUAAAGUUUUGUGUAAUUAAUUAUACAUUUAUAUAUUGUUUUGUAUUAUAAUGUUUUAAUAUUGCUGUUUAUUUGGCUCGUUUAGAUGUGUGAAAAUUUUCAAGACAAUAAUACAGAUGUUUAUUAAUUAGGCUAAUUUAUACAAUAAUAAUAUUAAUUAAGAUUAACACAGAAACGAUCCAAUUCGAAAUGUAUUCUUUUUCGAUUGAAGGUACUAAUUAGAAUUAAUAUGUGUCAUUGACAAUAAGCAACUCGUAAACUAGCUCCGAUUAAUAGUUAUGUAAUUUGAAUCAAUUAAUUAACGACAAUAUAGUAUGUACACUUAAUUUACGUAUGUAUGUAUAAAGAUUUCCAUAAUUUAAGGAAGUUAAGUUAUUGGAGUGCCUUUUGUAAGAUAUAUUUUUCACUUUUCGUGUAAUCGCUUUUUAAUUGAAUACUUUUAAAAAAAUAUAUGUCGUAUUUAAAUGAAAUCUUCAUAUGUGGCCCUACAUCAAUGUAUAAUGCUAGUUUGUAGGCAAUUUUAUUUAAAUAAACUCAAUGUGGAAGA